CUUGUAUUUUUUUUUGGUGAUGGGGAUGAGACGAGAACUGAGAAGGAAGUAUUAACUCCAAAGGAGCACAUGUCCAAAGAAACACAGUCCUUCAGACUGACGGUGGCGGGGCUGCUGGGGACUGUUUCCCCGCCCUUUAACUUUGGGAGCGGCUGAGAGCAGCCCCAAGGUCACUGGAUAAUUAAGGCAAAGUCAAAGAGGAGACAUUUCACAGAUACCUCAGCCAGGCACCAUGAGGCCUCUGUGGUCAAGAAUGGAGAGAAGUUUGAGAAAUUAGGAAAAAAUAUCAGUGUCAGCACACAACCCACUAUGGAGAAGACAGUUCCUAGUGGUCAGAUAGUUUACGAAUGUGGGAAAUGUGGCAGAUAUUUUAUUCCAAAGGCAGACUUCCACCGACAUCAGAAAUGUCACACUGGUGAAAGGUCUUUUGAAUGCAAAGAAUGUGGAAAAGACUUCAGAUAUAAUUCAUUACUUAUUCAGCAUCAGAUAAUUCACACUGGCAAGAAACCAUUUAAAUGUAAAGAAUGUGGAAAAGGUUUAAGUUCAGACCCAGCCUUGAUUCAGCAUCAGAGAAUCCACACUGGAGAAAAGCCCUAUGAAUGUCAGGAGUGCGGCAAGGCCUUCAGUAGCAGCCCGGUCUUCCUCCAGCACCAGAAGUUCCACACUGGGGAGAAGCUCUACGAAUGUAAUGAAUGUUGGAAAACUUUCAGUUGCAGCUCGAGUUUCACUGUCCAUCAGCGAAUGCACACUGGGGAGAAGCCGUAUGAAUGUAAAGAGUGUGGAAAACGAUUAAGCUCAAACACAGCCUUGACUCAGCACCAGCGAAUUCACACAGGGGAGAAGCCCUUUGAAUGUAAGGAGUGUGGGAAGGCGUUCAAUCAGAAAAUAACCCUGGUUCAGCACCAGCCAGUUCACACUGGUGAGAAACCUUAUGAGUGUAAAGUGUGUGGUAAAACCUUCAGCUGGUGUGGAAGAUUCAUUCUGCAUCAGAAACUACACACUCAGAAGACACGUAUCCAAGCAUAGGGCUAUCUAUAGUUAGGCACACUGUCUCUCUCCUUUUUUCUCUUUUUUUUUUUU